CUAGGUUUGUUGAUGCAUAAUUAUAUCAAUGAAAUGAUAUAAUUAUAUGGAAUGGCCGAAUUGCAUAUAAUUGGUAGGAUUUUGUCUGCUAAAAAUUUUAAACAAUCACAACUUUUAUGCAAGUGGAGCUUUCAUGCUGGUAAUGGAUGGAAAGUUUUAAAUGGUUGCGAAGAAGGGCAAACUCAAGAAAGCUGUGACUUAUAUAUUAAUGAACCAGUUUGGGAUCAUCCCAUAGAUUUACAUUAUACAACUCAGACCCUUCAAAAUUCACCAAAGCUUUUACUGCAAAUAUUUUUUAGAGAUGAACAUGAAAGAAUAUUAUUUGGGGCUUAUGGAAGUUGUAACAUUCCAUUAUCCCCUGGAUUACAUUUUAUAGAAUGUCAUACAUGGAAACCAAUUGGUAAUUGGAAGGACAGAUUAAAAGAUAAAUUUUUGGGAAUAACUUUACAACUAAAAUCUCCAAAUGUUUUAGUUAAUUGCUUGGAUAGAUUUGAACUGCUUACAGAAAGCAUGGGUACAGUUAAAAUUGAAUUACAUAUACUUACAAAAAAUUUUGAGAAAUAUGGAUGUCAUUUAUGUAAGACUACAGAAAUGUUUACAAACAUAUUUAUAUUAACGUUUUUUUAUCUUAUGCUUAAUCAAUUAACAUAUACAAAAAAACUUGAAGAAAUAUUUACAUGUGCAAAUGAAACAGAAUGUGAUGAAUUAACAGAAAAAGAUAUUUCACAAGAAACAUUAAGCACCCCAAUUGAUAGCAUUUAUAAUACAACUAGUGUUAAUACAAGUACCACUACAAGUAGUUCUGUAUAUCCAAUACAAACUACAAAGCUUAACAUAUCAUCUAUACAAAAAUCUCACAAAAUUAAAUACAAUGAUAAAAUAAAAAAUCAUACUAUACAUAAAGUACAGUCAACUAUAUGUGAAUGUGAUUUAACAGUGUCAUCUUGCAACAUUAAUUGCUGUUGUGAUAAAGAUUGUAACGAAUUCCAUUUAACAACUUUUUCACAUUGUGAAAAUCAUGCAGCAGAAUUAUAUGACAAACGUUAUUGUUAUCACAGAAAUUUUAUAGAACGAAAUAACACUCCAUUUAUACUUGAGAAACUGGCAAACAAUCUGUUUUGCAUUUUAUAUGACAAUCUUCCACCAACAUAUAGCAUUAAUAAUGAUUUGAAUAUAAAAACAAACAAAGAUUUAAAAGAAGCUAUAAAUCCAAAUAGACUGACAUGGAGAUGGAAAGACCAAUUAUAUGUACCUGAAUAUAACAAUCCUAGUCUCUAUAAAGAUGAUGACAUUAUAUGGAAAAUACAGAGCAAUUAUGUUGAACCUUUGGAAAUACUGCAAUCUGGAUUUACUGAGUUAUGUUCAUUUAAGAAAACUGUAAAAUAUCUUCGUGAAUGGAAAGAACAGUGCUUGCAAACUGAAUUAAUUAAUACAAACGAAUUUCUAUUUCCUGCAGCAUUUAAUAAUUUUACUGUUAUUAUAUCUCCUCAUUUAUUAAAUGAAACUUACAUUAAGAUAUCAAAUGAGAGUUGCCCCAGAAACGUGUGCUUAUCUGUAAAUAAUUACUAUUGUAAAUAUUCUUGGAAAACAUGCAAUAAUGAUACUAUAUUAGGAUCUUGUUCUAAUGGAAUAUGUUACAAUAUUGUAACAGGUGUAAAGUAUUUAAUUAUUCACAAUGGUUCCAUGGGGAUUAAUAGUUUUAAUGUAUAUUUUAAUAUAGGAAAUGUUUCUCGAAGUUUCUAUCAACAGUUCGAAGUAAGUUAUGAAUGGGCAGACAUAGAUAAAGAGAAAAUUUUCUCUCUGAGCGGUAAUCCCGGUUAUAUUUUUGGAAAACCAUUAAUUAGUGGUGUUUUAAAAAUAAAUAAGACUAAUAACGUGGAAAGCAGAUAUAUUAAUUUUAAUAAAACUAAUGGUUAUUUUACAUUGCCCAUAGCUACAAGGCAUGGCGAAUGUAAUGAUGUCAACAGAUAUGUUCUUGCUUUUGGGGAAGAUGUUAAACUAAAAUGUUCUGCAUCUUUACAAACUAAUAAUUUCAGUACAGCGUCUUGUAUAGAGUUACAAAAUCGUAUAAUGUUUUUCGCAUUGAAGGAUUCUUUACUUAAUGUCACUCAAAUAAAUCAAUAUAGUAUUUAUAUUUCUAAGUCAGGUAACUUUUCCAGCAAUAAUACUGCUGAUUGGGCACAAAUAUUACUUGAUAGGAUACCUCAGAAUAUUGUCACGGGACAAUUAAUUAAUGGUCGAUUAUACUGUUCAGGAUUAAUAACAUCUACACGUUUAGAUAUUUUGUACUCUGCUUUAACAAAACCAAAAACUCUGACCAAUUAUAAUAUAUUAGGAGUAGGUAUUACUUUUUCAGAAGAAUCUGAUGUAUUCUGGUCAAAGUGUAUGACUGAAAACUGUACAGAUAUGUUAAAAGUAGAUGUUAUUAAUUACGUUACAUUUCAUGACGUAUCGAAGCCGUCCAAAUACUAUUUUGCAGGGAGUCCUAAUUUAGAUCUUACCUUACCAUACGACUUUUUUUAUCCGUUUUUAAGUAGGUCAAAAUGUAUUGAACCUAGUAUAUUUUUAAUUAUUAUAUUACUCAUUAUAUCUUUGCACAAUUUUUUGUAUUGAUCUCAUGUAAUUGUUAUACUACCCACUAUAUCUACUUAUUAAUAAUAUUUAAUGUAAGCAAAUAGAAAGUUUGGUGUAUUUAAAACAAAUAAA